AUGGAAAGGCUAAGAAGCUCAGAUAUGGACGAAGGAAUGUCAGGUUUUCAUAUUAAUGGAGGGGGAGGUGGAGGAGGAGCAGGACCAGGUAGUGGUGGGAAUAACAGAGUUAUUGGUGGAGGAACAAAGUGUGGGCGUUGGAAUCCAACUGCAGAACCGGUUAAAGUUCUGACUGAUCUGGUCAGAUCUGGACUUCGAACUCCAACCACUAAUCAAAUCCAAAAGAUAUGUUCUCAGCUUAGCUUUUAUGUUAAGAUCGAGAGUAAAAAUGUCUUCUACUGGUUCCAAAAUCAUAAAGCCAAAGAAAGACAGAAACGAAGGAGAGUUUCCGUUGAAGAGAUCGAUCCAUUCGACAAAGCAGAGAAAGUGUUCCUUGCAAAACGUAAGUGA